CUAUCGUUAACAAAUAGAUCUCUUUUUUGAUGGAAUCGUUCUCCGCUUUGACUCUAUCCAGUUUUUCUUCUAUGGAUAAAAUGUUUAGGAACUUACUUUCUAAUGCCUGAAUUCUUGCAUCCAUAUCUAAUUUCUCCAGUCCUCUUGGAGUAGUCACGAACCCUUCAAAGUCCUGGGCUUGUCGAGGCGUGGAUGCCAUGAUGUGUGUGUGUGUGUGUGUGUGUGUGUGUGAAAGUGUGAAUACAAGGUAUGAGUGCUUGAACCAGUGAAUGGCUUUGGGACAGAGGUGCAGAAAUGACAUAAACAACAGGUAAGUGUCAUUCAGCUGCCACCUGCCACUUUGAAUGGGUGUACUACCCGCUAUACACCUGAUCAAGCCUCUUGGCCUGUGCUGACGAAGUGGUGAAAGUGUGCUUGUGCCUAUCCCGCCUGACAUUGUAGUACCUGGACACUUUUAUCUCCGGUGUGACUCCAGCUUUGGAAGCAUCUUAACAUGAAAAUAACAAUAAACAUGUAAAAUCCUGUUUAAAUAAAUUAGAAAUUUACAUUAUGUAUAUUACUAUGUACAUUGUAAAAUCAUUAAGGAAAAGAAAAAAAACUCAUAGGUUGAAGUGAGGCAGGUAUUGAGGCUGAUGUAAAAUGUGUUACAUGGUGCAAUCCCCAUAUUAACACACCAUGUUAACACUUGUCCUGCCAGCCACUCCUCACUCCACGCUUGUCUCUUGAGGAACGUAUGUACUACAUACAUAAUUCUUCUGUUGCUGUUUGAUUCAGGUAUUUGUUUUGUGCCAAGAUGCCUCCCAAACAAGUAAAGAGCCUGUCACACCUUAACGUUUUAGAGAACGUAUGGCUAGCGUAUGGUAAACAUGUUAAACGGUGGCAUACGCUGAACUCUUCGUUUUUCGGCGCGUUGUUGACGUAUGCAGAGCGUAUAAGACAACGAUCGGGGAACGUACUCAGCGCGUGAGGAACGUGUGAGGAACGAACUAACAGGUAACGAUCGAGUAGCAUACGCGUAACAAUCGAGUAUCGUACGUCCCUUGAUCACGUGACGCAUAUCAACUGCAUAAAAAGGUUGCUGCAAGGACUAUCGUGUCACAACUAUACCAGCCAUGGGCAAGAGGUCACCGACCAAGAAACCAGCACGGGGCCGCGGCCGUGGUCGCAAGACACCCACACUGUCAUCUUCACCUCUAGUCUCGGACGUCUUGGGUGAUAGAGAUGGGCGUGACUCAUCUUCGCCACCGCGAAGAGAUGCCUCCCCUGCAGGCUCCACCGCAUCCUCUGCUGCAUCGACCUCUACUCUACAACCACAUGAUAUGAAAAAGAGAGCCAAGAAGACUCAGUUUUGUUUGGAUCCUGAAGAAGAACAGAUAAUGUGUGACUUUGUGAAUACAACGCGUGAGGAACGAUCAGAGAACGAAUGAUAACGAUCGCCUAACGUGCCUUUAACUUAUCCCCAGCGUAUGCAUAACGUACUGGCCACACGCUGGCAUACGUCGAGAAUUUUGUGCAUGCUCAAAAACUUCUCGCUGUCCCUGCGUACGACGACGUACGGCACCGUACGCCACCAUACUUCAACGUACCCUAACGAUGGAGCAGCGUACCCAUAACUUAUUCAAGCGUAUGCUGAGCGUGUGCCACCGUUUUCCAUACGCUAGCCAUACGUUCUCUAAAACGUUAAGGUGUGACAGGCCCAUAAAAUGUAAAUGUGUGACUCUAACCAUUGUUUCAGUUGUUUAACGUAUUAAAUUACGUAUAG